CAGCUCUUACAAACCUUUAGUUUGACAGACAGGAUGGAUUUGGUUUAGAGGCUGGGUUUUGGGGCGAGGCAACAUUUAUAAGGAUGACACUCAGAAGAGAAUUCAUUCAUCUCCAACACACGGAAACUUCUUCACUUCUGCAGAAUACUCUAGCUCGUGAAAAUGGAUUCUUUGUCCGCAGCAAACACACAGUUCUCUCUUAACCUGUUCAAGAAGAUCAGUGAAGGAGACGCAUCAGGAAAUGUGUUCUACUCUCCGAUCAGCAUCUCCUCGGCUCUGGCCAUGGUGUCUCUUGGAGCAAAAGGAAACACAGCGGCGCAGAUGUUUAAGGUCCUGAGUUUUAUCAAACCUCCCAAACCUGACGGAGCGACUCCAGCAUCUCAUCAACAAGCUCAGAAGCCCCAGAUUGCCUGCGGUGUCAAGGAUCAACAUGGACCGUCAAUGACACAACAAUCCCAAAAGUUUGAGAAAUGUCCACCUCAGCCGGCUCCUGGACAAAAGACUGAGGACCAAAUUCAUUCCAGCUUCAACAAGCUCAUGAGUGAACUGAAGAAACCAGGAGCCCCGUAUGUGUUGAGUCUCGCCAACCGUCUCUACGGAGAGCAGUCAUACCAGUUUGUGGAGAAAUUUCUUAAUGAUGCAAAAAGAUACUAUGAAGCUGAACUGGAGGAGGUGGACUUCAAGAAGAAACCAGACGCUUCACGUGUCGACAUCAACAAAUGGGUGGAGAAAAACACUCAAGGGAAGAUCAAGGACUUGCUUCCAGAGAGAUCCAUCGAUGCGAUGACGAGACUGGUCUUGGUGAAUGCCAUCUACUUCAAGGGGAACUGGAUGGAGAAAUUCCCAAAAGAAGCCACCAGAGAUGGACAGUUUAAGCUGAACAAGACUCAAACUAAACCAGUGAAGAUGAUGAAUCAAAACACAAAGUUUCCACUGGCCUUCAUCCCAGAGAUGGACAGUCAGGUUCUGGAGCUACCGUAUGUUGGGAAUAGUCUCAGUAUGUUGAUCAUCCUUCCUAACGAGAUUCAAGAUGAAACCACUGGCCUUCAGAAGCUUGAAAAGGCACUGACCUACGAGAAGCUGAUGGAGUGGACGAGACCUGAAGUCAUGCAUCAACAAAAACUUGAAGUAUCUCUGCCCAGAUUCAAGAUGGAGGAAACCUAUGACAUGAAGAGUCUUCUGAUCAGCAUGGGAAUGGAGGAUGUGUUUGACAGGAAGAAGGUGAAUCUUUCAGGCAUGUCAUCCAACAAUGAUCUGGUGGUUUCAAAGGUGAUUCAUAAAGCCUUUGUUGAAGUAAACGAGGAAGGAACUGAAGCAGCUGCGGCCACCGGCGUCGUCAUGAUGUUGCUUUCUGCGAGAAACCCACAGGUCUUUAACGCAGAUCAUCCAUUCCUCUUCUUCAUCCGACACAAUCCAUCCAAGAGCAUUCUGUUUUGCGGACGCUUCUGCUCUCCGUGAUCCAGUCCUGCUGCUUGAGACCCUUGCAGCUGGUUUAGUUGGUGAUCUGGUUAGAAUCAGUAGAGGAGACUCUGGACAACAGCUACUAAUUGUCAUCUUUACUUAUAUGUGCCAACAGUAUCAGAACCUGUUGCAAUUUACAUGAGACUUAGAUUAAAUGAAUAGUAAUAAAACAUAUAAUAUCUACAUUCAAAGUAUGGAUAUUUUUCUCAGCUUGAGAGAUACUUUACAUGCACAUCAUAAAUGUUGUGACUCUUGACGUAUUUUUAAUUGAAGACAUUAAAUGCAGUACAGUUGUCCUGGUCUCACCUAUUGAUGAUAAUUCAGAUGUUGUGGUUUUGCACAGGUCUCUGCAUGUCCUAUAUGUAAUCAAAUGCUUCAAUUUAUAUAAACAUCAAGAACUUAUGUUGUUUCCUGCAUUAAACGAGGAUCUAUUAAAGUC